UAUUAGUUUCGGCGGGGGCACCUGUCACUCGACAUCUGCUGAUGAGUGUGGAUGCUGUGAGUGUGGUGAUGUGACAAGAAUCUACGAUGGAUACCACGGAGCAAACGCAAACAACUGUUGCGGUGGUUUCAUCGGUGUUGACACCUUUGCAGAAUUUGCUCGCUGGGUGCCUGCUCGCUGUUGGAGGAAACCUCCUCAUUAGUCUGUCUCUGAACCUCCAGAAAUACGCCCAUGUGAGAAAUGAGAUGAGAAUAGAGGCCAUACACUACACCAGAGACUCCGUGUGGUGGGUGGGUGUCAGCCUGAUGGCCUUUGGUGAGAUUGGAAACUUCUCCGCCUAUGGAUUUGCUCCCGCCUCUUUAGUGGCACCUCUUGGGACUACCACUGUCAUUGCUAACCUUUUCCUUGCGGCCAUGAUCCUGAAAGAAAAGAUACGAGCUGAAAAUCUUUUUGGGUCUGCUAUGGCUGUCAUUGGUGCUUUUCUCAUCGUCACCUUUUCAUCCAAGAAAGAGAUGGUACGGGAUGGUGAGGAGCUGAACACUGCUGUCACAGAAGUGUCUUUCAUCGUUUACAUAUGUUUAGAGCUGGUAUCCCUGGUUGUGCUGUUUAUGAUACUGUACUGGAUGGAGAUCAAGAAGGUGGUGAUAUAUCUCCUCAUAGCCUCUAUUAUAGCCUCCUUCACCGUCAUAUGUGCCAAAGGACUGUCGGGGAUGAUCCAGCUGUCGUUUGCGGGCCAGUCCCAGUUUGGUCACCCUAUACUGUACGCCAUGGCUAUUGUCAUGAUCAUCACCGCGGUUAUACAAGUCAAAUUUCUCAAUGAAGCCAUGAAGAGCUUUGAGUCUACAGUGGUGGUCCCCACCAACUUUGUGUUCUUCACCAUCAGUGCAAUCAUGGCGGGUAUUGUAUUUUACAAGGAGUUCUGGGGACUCAAUGGCCUGGAGAUCUGUAUGUUCUUGGUCGGGUGUUUGAUGUCGUUUGUGGGAGUGUACUUCAUCACCAUGAACAGGAGCCCGGAGAGUGGGUCCGAGUCAGCAGGUGUCUUGUCUGAAACGGCCUCUGUAGAUAGUAAACAGCAGGUGACAGGCAACAUAUUCCCAGGCUGGCUGUUGGCCACUGUCAAUGUUGGUGAAGUCCAGCCAAAAGGCGAUAUCCAACACCUCAGUGACAAUGACAGAGCACCAUUUUUAUCACCUUUGCCAGAGGAGAGUUCGACUUCUUUAGACACGCUCUCUAGUCACGACGACUCCCCGGUAGGCGCCAAACCAUCCACCUCUUAUGGUGCCACAGGAUGACAGCCAUCAUUUAACAUAUCCAUUAUAUAAUAAAAUAUUCAAAUUUGUACAAAAGAUUAUUUAUUUUAAUAUCAUCAUAGCUUUGAUAUACAUUAUAUAAAUCCUUGCUUUUAAUUUGAUAACUGUGGACCAGUGGAAAUGAAGAAAUUCAUUGUUAAAAUAUGUACAACAUUGAAAGGUGAAUAAUAUCUUUAAUUCAGUAGCAGCUUCGAUGUGAUACCUCCUUUAGAAAUACUGUUGGUUUCUAGUUCACCAAUAUUUAAUUAGUUGUAGGUGUUUGUCAAGUACUUGAUAUUGCUAGUAUAUGUUGUCUGUUGAUGAAGGUUUUUAAGACAAAAAAACUUAUUGUCAGGUAACAAUUCUAAACUUGCCAAAACAUUAUAAUAUUUUGUUUAUGUCCUUGGAUGUAUAUCUGCUGCCAGAGCUUGAUUGCCCUGGUAGAGUUGUGUACAAUUGUUAUUUACAUUCCUGAUGAACGGGACGUCUUGGAGUACGGUUGUUUCUUUCAGAUGAUAACACAAGUUUAAACAAAUAUAUUUUACUAAUCUAAAUUUGAUGUGAAAGUGAGCAAAGGUUAUGAAAUUGUACCUCAUGAAACCUAUACCAUAUUCAUUAGCACAGGGAGUACCAUGUAGCCCAAUGUCACUAACCCACAAUGUCACCAACCCACCAACCCCCAACACACAAUGUCACCAACACACAAU